UUUAAUAAUGACGACAGGGUGUCUCCACCCCUUAAGGCGAGACUAUUCCCUGUGGAUGGCACACAAUCACCCGCCAGCCAUGUGCAUUGGGUAAUCCACAGGGAGGGGACUUGAACUCGUGUUAGUGGGGAGCAAAGCUAUGACCGAAGCUGUUAGCCUUGAUUCACCUCUUCUAGGCAUCAAGAAUAGAUAGUUGUAAUCCUUUAAUUUCACAUAGUUCAAAUACCUUAUAAAAUCCAUUUCAUCUCAACAAGCUCUUCUCCGUAUUCAUGCCAUGGCAUUUCCUACUUGGUGAAGAACGGUUUUGGAAAUUCAAUGAAUAGUUAUAUAUUUGGAGAAGUGCAAGGAGUUGGGUGGUGGUGUUUGAAUUGUAUGAGAGUAUCAAUGCAACUAUCAGUUCUUGAAUGGCUACUGACCACUGACUAAAUCUCACUCAUAAUCUAUGGUUUCCUUCUUAUGUUGGCAGCUUGCUUCAGCCAUGGAGUAUGGAAAAGACAGCAGCAUAGAACCAACGAAAACGACCUUAUGUGCAGAAGAUGGCCACCAGAUUCUACCAGUCGCGAAAGUAGAGGCCAUAAAUUUUGAUGACGUUAGACAAUCUGUGACAAUAGUAGGAUGUAUAAAUAAUGUCUGGUGUGUUCAACCUAUUACGGCCAUACCACCUGCCAUCAAUUGUGGGUUUGAUGGAGGAGGCGAGGAACCUGAAAUGGAGUUCAUACCGGCAGCACCCGAUGACCUUAAACCAUAUGUUGGGAAGGAGUUCAAAUCUGAAGCGGCAGCCACAGAGUUCUACACUGCAUAUGGAGCAGCAUGUGGAUUUAGCAUACGUCGUAAUCAGAUACGAAAAUCAGAGAAAACCGGUGAAGUAAUUUUUCGAGUUCUAUCUUGUUCUAGAGAAGGGAAACGGGGAAAAAAGUAUUUGGAGAACGCAGAACGUAAGAGGGCUCCCAAACCUAUCACUAGAGUUGGUUGUCCUGCGACGGUUCAUAUCAGAAGGAAGGGUGAAGAUAAAUGGGUCGUGACGAAGUUUGUGGAGAAACAUUGUCAUAAGCUAACGACCCCAACUAAAUCACGUUUUCACCCUACUCACAAGAAGGCUAUAAAUUUCGAUGGCAUCAUACAAGCCGUGCCAGCGGUAAAAUCUGUAGAUGCUCUUGGGGAUAUUCAACCUAUUACAUCCAUGCCACCUGUCACUGUUGUUGGGGUUGGGGCAAGUGGGGAGCAUGAAAAGGAGUUCAUACCGGUAGUGCCCGAUGACCUUAAACCACAUGUUGGGAAGGAGUUCAAAUCCGAAGAGGCAGCCACAGAAUUCUAUAAUGCAUAUGGGAAGAUAUGUGGAUUUAGCAUACGUCGCAAUCAAAUACGGAAGUCUGAAAGAACCGGCCAAGUGGUCUUUCGAGUUCUGUCUUGUUCCAAAGAAGGGAAGCGAGGAAAAAGGUAUUUGGAGAAUAUGGAACGUAAGAGGGCUCCUAAACCGGUUACUAGAGUCGGUUGCCCGGCAAAAGUUCAUAUUAAGAGGAAAGGCGAAAAUAGAUGGCUUGUGUCGAAGUUUGUGGAGAAACAUUCCCAUAAAUUAGUGGGUCCAAUCGAAUCUCAUUUUCUCCCGUUGCACAGGAAUGCACUAAAUGAGGAUUUAAAUGUUAUUGUUAGUAUAAAUGAGGUAGGUGUCGAUGCUGGUAAGGCCCCGGAUUUCCAUGCAAAUGAAUCAGGCGAGCACGGCGAGGUAGUUUGUUUAGAUGGAGAUGUGGAGAAUAGUCUUCGGAAAAAAAGUAUUCAAAGUUAUGAGAAGGAUGCACAUGCUAUUUAUGAAUACUUCAAGCAAAACCGUAUCGAUGAUCCCUCUUUCUACUACCAAACUCAAAUAGAUAAAAACUGCCGAGUAACAUCUUGUUUUUGGGUGGACGGUGGUUCACAAUUAGAUUAUCAGGUAUUUGGUGAUGUCAUCUGUUUUGACACCACCUACAAGACUAAUCAAUACGAUGUAUCAUUUGUUCCUUUCAUUGGAAUGAACCAUCGUAAGCAACCCAUUCUGGUCGGUGCCGGUCUCCUCUUCGAUGAAACUAUAGAAAAUCUAAAGUGGUUGUUUCAGACGUGGCUUAAGGCAAUGGGAGGAAAGCAUCCGAAGGCUAUAAUUACAGAUCAAGAUCGAAUUAUUAAAGCAGCAAUUGCAGAUGUGUUCCCGGAUAUCCAACAUAGGUUCUCCAUGUGGCAUAUACUGCAUAAAAUACCAGAGAGGUUAGGACAUCUAUAUUACGAAGGUUCUACUUUCAAACAUGACUUCGACAAAUGCAUUCAUCAAUCUGACACGGUUGAAGAGUUUGAAGCACUAUGGAAAAGAAUGGUAAAAGAAUACAAGCUCGAAGAUGUUGAAUGGCUUCGCCAAAUAUAUAGAAUCCGUGACAUGUGGGUUCCAGUUUAUUCAAAAAACGUCUUCCUUGCCGGAAUGUCCACUGCCCAACAGGUCGAAAGUAUUAACUCUCUGUUUAAAGAGCACGUGGACCAUGAUUCAAUGCCUAUUGAAUUCAUACUAGGGUAUCAGAAAGCAUUGUAUGAUCAACGUCACAAGGAGUCGGAGGCAGAUGCUCAAAUGGCAUACGAUCUGCCCAUGCCCAGAACUUCCUUUCCUAUGGACACUGAGUUGGGAAGCAUUUAUACUAGGGAAAUAUUCUCUGACGUCCAAGAGGAGUUGUUCCAGAGCCCUCCUUACAAUGCAAAUUUGGUUGAGAAAAAUGGAGCGAUCAGCACAUAUGAGGUUACCCACAUGAGCAUAAAAGGAAAAGUGUAUAAUGUCUUGUUUGAUGAAGAAGAACAAGCAGUAACCUGCAGAUGUCUCCUCUUCGAGCGUGAAGGGAUCGUUUGCAGACAUUCAUUGGCCGUAUUCAGAACAUUAUGUAUCGACAAAAUGCCAGCACGCUACAUCUUGAAAAGGUGGACACGGCACGCAAAAGUAGGACUCAGUCUUACAAACAAACCUCUACCAAUGGCAGCUGGUGAGUUGCCGCCAUUUGUACGACGUGAUGACCUGAGGCUAUGUUGGAAGAGGUUUUCAAAAGCAGCAUUAAAAUCGUUGCGGGUUUAUGACUUUGCAAAAGAUCGGAUUUCGGAUUUGAUAGAGGAGGUCGAAGGCAUGAACAAAGAAGAACACAUAAUCAUGGGACAGAAUGAUAGUCCUAUUGAAAAAAUUGGCAGCAAUGAGGUGGCAUGUUUGGACCAAGCCGGCACCAAUGGUAGAAGUGGGCUAGCACCAUCUCCAAAGAGUGUUGUCUUACAUGAUGAAAACAUCAUACAAGCAGAGGGUCAUGAUGCAAGCAAGAGAAUCAAGUUCGGUAAGGAGGCGGAUGGAAUUUAUGCCGGAAUGUGUCCCACAUGUUGGGGGCAAAAUCAUGAUUCGCAAAUGUGCCCUUUAGUGAUUGAGAGGGGGCAGGGGUAGGGGUGGAGGCAUGGGUCAUGGAAGAGGCGGGGAUGCUUUGGACGGUGCUGAUCAAUGAUCUUCUUGGGGGCUAUUUUGAAGGAUUGGUGCACAGUUAUUCAAAUCAGUUAUUUUACAGGUGUGACAAUCAAUCCCGACUGGGGCGCUCGUCCAUUCGGGAUUUCCCGACCAGAUGAUCAGGAUCACCAACCAUAGUAGGUGGCAUUUCUUCAUCGACUACAUGCUAGUUGUUGCCUCAAAUGUGUGAUUGUGUGCGCUUUUUAAUCAGGCGAGUUUAUGGUGACAAAAGAUGGCAUGGUUCCGUGGCUCCAUCUCCAACGACUGUGUCAGCUCCCACUUCUGAGUUCUUUCACUGUCAGCAGCUAUUUUGGUGGGCCACAUUCUCCUGCGGUCAUCCAUGGCUUUGGUGAGCCCUGGAGAUAGGAUUGUUGGUGGGCAGCAUGGUUCUGUCGGGCCUUUUCCUCACAUAUUUAAGUGGGUAAUGGUUUCCAUUUCAUCUGUUUUUCGCCAUGGUUACAGAUUUCAUGGAUUGGUGGAGAGAAAAUGGUAUAACAGGACACAUUAGUAUGGGAUCCAGGACGUUCAUCAGAUGGAACCCUCUGUCCUACCCAAAAAAAAGUCGGGUUCGCAGCGCAUUAUUCGGGUGGAGUGUAGAUCAUUAGUUGUAAUUAUCAUUUUUUUUUUUUUUUUUGUCCAUUGUUGGUACAUUUUCAGCCCAGCUGAUCGAAUGGAUCAGUGGGGUUUUUUGUGUUAAGGAACAUUCACUGUGGGCCCGCCUUAUUAACGGCCUGGCUAUUCCGAACGUACCACAUUAGCAUGUGGUGGUCGUUUGUUUCAGCCCUUGAAGGGA